GGCAAUAACAAUAUAAAACUUCUGAAGUUCAUCCCUUUUAAAAGAUGAAAAGCGUAGGGUUUAAGUUUGAAGAAGCCAAACAAUUAUUGUCAGACGAUAAUUCUUACCUCUAUCUUAUAACUAAAAGUCGAACUAUUAUUCUUUCUCCUCGUUUUAUUGGUAAAAUAUUGCCUGGUAUACGCGAAUUUAUUGACAGAGAAGUUAACUUGUUUUCAGAUUUUUUAGAUGGUGUUCUAAUUUCCUACUCGAAUAUCAAACUACAUCAACCAUUUAGCUCAGUACAUGAUGACAGACCAUAUCUGCAUUUAUAUAUCCAAGCUGAUUACAUUGUCUUCAAACCUUAUGUUGGGUGUACACUAAAGGGUGUGGUGAAUAAGUUAAGUCAAGGCCACAUUGGUUGUCUGGUUCAUAAACAUUUCAAUGCAUCAGUACCUAGACCUUUCAAGAAUGCUGACAAAACAGUCACAAUCUGCAGCAAGGAGAUGAAUUUAAAUUCAGAGUUACUGGCCUUUCAUCCAGUAAUAAAGUGCUAUUUAUUAAAGGUGCCUUGAGAGAAGAGAAUAAUGUUCCAAAGGCUGACAACAUUACAGAACCCAAAGGAGAGAUAGUGGCUGUACAAGAUGAAUCUUCCAAUACUGAAAAUUCCAGUAAAUCUAAGAAAAAGAAGAAGAAAAAAUCUAAAAAUAGAGAUGAUUCCUUCCAAAAUGUGUCUGAAAGCCAAGAAACUGUUAAAAGCAUUGACAGUAACAAACGUAAACGUUCACACGACACCGAUGUUGACAGUGGCAUCGUUGACAGUGAUACUGACAUCAGAGAAAGCGAAAGCAAACGUCUUAAAAGUGACAGUGUGGACGAUGUUGACAUAACAGAUAAUAACAAUCAGGAUUGUGCCUUAGAUAUGUCAAUAUCUUUAGAUGAAAGUCAUCAAUCAGAACAGAUAGGUGGCUCUAAAAAACACAAAAAGAAGAAAAAACAUAAGCAUAAAAAAGAGAGUGAUUUAUGAUAAUAAUAACAAAACGUAUCAGUGAGGUGAAUAAAAGCUAUUAAGUUUUAAAAGCUAAAGCUCACAGUCAAAUAUUUUGGUUUAUCAAUAUCUUGAUUCACCAAGACUGGACAAUAUCAGAAAUCUUUUUAUCUUAAUCAUAAGUGCUGAGAAAAUCAUGGUGUAAACUUUGAAAUUGUGUAGCCAUGAAGGGUCAAGCAGAUUUGUCACCCAAUUAAGCUCAGUGUUAGAUUGCAGAGAAACUUGAUGCAAGUUUAUCACUCUUGAAAUUGAUAUAGGUAGCUAAAAUUGUGUUCUGUUAGCUGGUAAUCACUCCAUCCUCUAUUAACUUAAAGGGAUUGUAAAGAGGUUUUCCAAAUUUUUUAUGUUUAUCAGAUUCCAUUCCAACUUUCAAUUUAGAUGUAUGUGGUUCCUGCAAUUCCACUUAAACUAAGUGUUUGAUGACAUCACUUAUUGCAAAAUAUGAUUUAUCUCAAUAAGCCUUUAAUGACAAGUGAAAACAUCAAACACUGAUUAAAAGUUGGAAUGGCGCUAAAGUGUCCCUGAUACACAUAAAAAAUUUAGAAAACUUCUUUACAAUCCCUUAUUCUCUGUUAUAACCAGUUGAGAAUUAU